UGCCUAGGAUAGUUGCAGCCUCAGAUUGCACCGCGCUGUCUACAAGCUUAGGUGUUUUUGUGUGUGUGUGUGUUUUUGCAACGUGAAAUAUGGGACUAUGAGAUGGGAGGAUGGUUGAUGAACUGUAAUACGAGUAUGCCAAUACGCUGCUUUUUAAAGUAAUUUUUUGAACUGGAUUUUUGCCAGAAAGGCUGGACCCUUUUCCUCAUUUGCUCCCCCCCUCGUGUCGCUGAAAGCGUUUGGGUUGGGUUUGGAAAGAGAGAGGAGGAGAAAGUGGAGCAGAGUAAGCAACGACAGGGAGAGAGGGAGGUUGCUAUGGCAAUGCCCCUCCUGCCUCUGUCAAGAUGGCAACCAGGACCGCCCGCCGCUCCCGCGCGCUGGAGAGGUGGGCCCGGCUGGUGCGCUCUCUGGCGCGCGGCGAUGACGUACUCCGGGGGAGCGGCGGCUUUCCUCAGCGGCAGCAACAACAACAACAGCGAGGAGCGGAGUUUGUAGCAUUCGCUCGCGUGAAGAUGGCGGGCGUCGCCGAUGCCGUCGCCCCGGUAAGCGGGGAUGGCGGGCGACGGGGCGCCCCGGGUCAUUCGCUCCUGCACCCGGACAGUGGGCAGCGACGGAGUAGUUUCACGGGCGGAGAGUCUCGUUCUCCUCACCCGUCGCCGGCGCGUUCUGCACCUUCGGUCUCGAGUCCACCUUCUCCUAAUCCCGGGCAACACCACAGAACCGAGACUCUGGGCUUCUAUGAGAGCGAUCGUCACAGGCAGCAGAAGCGCAGCGGGCCCUCAGAUCUUUCACUGUUGAGGUUCAUCAAUGCAGAACUAACAAGGGGCUACUUCCUUGAACAUAAUGAAGCAAAGUACACAGAAAGGAGAGAGCGAGUGUACACAUGCAUGCGAAUACCAAGAGAACUAGAAAAGUUGAUGAUUUUUGGAAUUUUUUUGUGCCUGGAUGCUUUUCUGUAUGUGUUCACGCUUCUUCCGUUGAGAGUGUUUCUGGCAGUGUUCAGAUUCAUCACGUUGCCUUGUUAUGGCUUGCGCUCUCACCGAGGCCUAAGGAUGAGCGAUAGACGUUUGCUACAGCCUGCUCAGGUGUGUGAUAUUUUCAAAGGAGUUAUACUGGUAAUCUGCUACUUCAUGAUGCACUAUGUUGACUAUUCCAUGAUGUACCACCUGAUAAGAGGACAGUCUGUCAUUAAACUCUACAUCAUCUAUAAUAUGCUCGAGGUAGCUGAUCGUUUGUUUUCAUCUUUUGGUCAAGAUAUCUUGGAUGCUCUUUAUUGGACAGCUACCGAACCAAAGGAGAGAAAAAGGGCACACAUAGGUGUAAUUCCCCAUUUUUUCAUGGCAGUGCUGUAUGUCUUCUUGCAUGCUAUCCUUAUAAUGGUUCAAGCAACAACGCUCAAUGUAGCCUUCAAUUCCCACAAUAAGUCACUUCUUACUAUCAUGAUGUCUAACAAUUUUGUUGAAAUAAAAGGAAGCGUUUUCAAGAAGUUUGAAAAGAACAAUCUAUUUCAGAUGUCAAACAGUGAUCCCUUUGACGUAGCCAGAGGCAGAUGUACGGACGAAGCCUCAUAUGCGGAGGAGUCAACUUUCACUGACCAUGUUGAAGGAGACGACUGGAGCGACUAUUCAGAUCAUGAGGAGGAUACAUCGUAUCGUUUGUUUAAUACCUCAGACUAUCAACCGCUAGCAUGUAGAGUAGUUAAUACCCUUGGUCUCCAGUCUGCACCUUCAACUUCGUCCGCCCCAGCUAUCAAAGGGGCCAAGGUCCUCAAAUCACCUGCACCUACUGAACACUACAUCCCGGUGCCGGACCCAAUUGCCAAAUUAGCCUCUGAAGAAUGGGCUCAUCCACUCCAAGCUCGACGCUUCAAGAACCUGGCUGACAGACUUUACGCCCUAGCUCCAGACUUUGCCACCAAGUUAGACGUCCCUAGCAUAGAUGAACCAAUCGCUCGCCUCGUUUCACGAUCUCUUUUGCCCAGGGAAGGGGAAUCCCACCUAAAGGACACUGCUGAGCGACGAAUAGACUUCGCCCUCCGCAAGAAUCACGAGGCCACUGCCCUAUCCAUGCGUGCCUCCUCUUCAGCCUCCAUUUUCUCCAGAGCAUCUAUGAUGUGGCUGGAUGACCUUCUAGAGGACACUAACCCUGAUCCUGUCGCCCUCAGAAGAGCACUAUUAAAAUUGCGUAAGACAGCAGCUUUUGUGGCCGAUGCCGCUCUGGAUGCCACUCAGUUAGGGGCACGAGCCAUGGCGGCUCAAAUAGUCGCUCGACGCACCCUCUGGCUUCGCCACUGGCAAGCUGAUUCAGCGGCCAGAUUGAACCUGUCCAGGGCUCCUUACUCCGGAUCUCUACUCUUCGGCGAGGAAGCUCUAAAGGCAGUGCUGGUUGAUCCAAAAGACGCCCACAGACCGGUUCUGGCCACAGUCAAGAACAUCGACCACAGGCCUCUCAGGCGAUUUCCCUCCUUCCGUUCUAACCAGCCCUUUCGAGGAACGCGGGCAGGAGGACGAGGCCGCGACUUCAGAUCUUAUGACCCCAACGCAUUCAGGGGCUCCUGGAACCGACACUCCCAGGGCAGAGACCUACGGCUGGCUUGUCAACUUCGACAAAAGCCAUCUCCAACCAACCCAACGCCUACUACAUCUAGGGGCAAUGUUGGACACCCUGCAGGCAAUGGUCUUCUUGGCUCCAGAUCGCAUCACUGCCAUCACAAGCAUCGCAAGGUCCCUGAUGCAACAAACAUCCGCAGACGUCAUGCUUCUCGCCAGAGCGCUCGGGAUGUUCAUUUCUACAAUCCACAUUGUGCCAUGGGCUCGUGCCCACACUCGGUUCCUUCAAUGGAUUCUGUUGCCUUUUCAAAAAGACAUUGCCAACUCCAACCAUCGAAAAGUUCGUUUGAGCCCCGCACUGCGCCUCUCCUUCCGCUGGUGGACCAAGGUUCAUCACCUCUCCAAGGGCACAUCGUUCAGAGAACCCCGCAGAACCGUGGUAACUACAGAUGCCAGCCUCAUAGGUUGGGGAGCCCACUGCAACUCCCAAUACGUUCAGGGGGUUUGGUCCACCGCAGAGCAAUCUCAAAGCAUCAACUGGCUGGAACUAAAGGCUGUCCAUUUAGCUCUACGUCAUUUUCAGUCUCUGUUCCCUUUGGACCAUAUGCUCAUUCGAACAGACAACACGUGUGUAAAAUCACAUUUGAACAGACAGGGGGGCACCAGGUCUCGUCCUCUGCAGGACUUAGCCUCCCUCAUCUUUGUCUGGGCAGAACAACAUCUACAAUCCCUGAAAGCAGAACAUCUCAGAGGGAUUUGGAAUGUGACAGCAGACUGGCUCAGCAGACAACAGGUCUUUCCGGGAGAAUGGAAACUUCAUCCAGCCAUUUUCCAUCGUCUCCAGUGUCGGUUCGGCGUCCUCUCAGUCGACCUGUUUGCUUCCAGUCGCAAUUGCCAGCUUCCCAGGUACUUUGCCCGAUACCUGGACUCAACAGCAGAAGCAGUGGAUGCUCUGAUAACACCGUGGCCAGACGGUCUAUUGUACGCCUUUCCUCCCAUACCAUUGUUAGCCAAAACCUUGAGGAAGGCCCGAUCCGAGAGGGCACAGCUGGUUCUAAUAGCACCAUUUUGGCCACGCCGACCAUGGUUCUCAGAUCUUCUGGCAAUGUCAAUGAUGGAUCCUUGGACAUUUCCAGUCAGGCCAGACCUCCUAUCCCAGGGUCCAGUAAUGCACCAGGACCCUACUUGGCUCAAUCUAACAGCGUGGCGUUUGAACGGGGACAUUUGAGGUCAGCUGGACUGUCUGACGCUGUGAUUGAUAUUAUGUUGGCCUCGAGAAGACCAUCUACCACUCGUAUUUAUCAACAUACCUGGGUGGCUUUCUCCAAGUGGUGUCAAUCUCACCACCAUGAUCCAUCCCAGGCCACUGUGCAUCAGGUGCUGCAAUUUCUCCAUAGCGGCUUUAUGAUGGGACUUCGACCCAACACUUUACGUCGACAUGCGUCCACUCUGUCGUCCAUUCUCUCAGUGUCCUCUCCUGGAGAUCAUAUUUCCUCACAUCCGUUCAUCAAACGCUUCUUGAGGGGAGUCGCCCUACGCUCUCCGGCUGUUGUCCAUCGGUUCCCCUCAUGGAGUUUGCUGAAAGUUCUGCAGGCUUUGCAACGCCCUCCGUUUGAACCCAUCAGGACUGUGCCCCUACGUAUACUGUCCUUCAAGGUCUUGUUUCUGAUCGCAAUCACAUCUGCCAGACGCGUUUCAGAGUUGGGCGCAUUGUCUUCUGCUCGACACCUCUGCGUCUUCCAUAAGGACUGUGUUGUGCUGAAGACUGAUCCUUCCUUCCGUCCCAAGGUCGAUUCAGUUUUUCAUUGCAACCAGGACAUUGUUUUGCCUUCCUUUUGCCCGAAUCCUACCCAUCCUCUCGAAAAGGCUUGGCAUUCGUUAGAUGUCCGGAGGGCUCUCAAGACCUACCUGUCUAGGACCCAAGAGAUUUGACGAACGGAGUCUCUGUUUGUAUCCUUUCAUCCAGGGUCUAUGGGGCAUAAAGUAUCCAAUUCUACCUUAUCCCGUUGGUUAAGGGCAUGCAUUACUUUAGCAUAUGAGUCCCUGAAGCUGUCAGUCCCAGCUAGUAUUACGGCUCAUUCUACCAGGUCAGCUGCCACUUCGGCUGCUUUUGCCACUAAUGCUCCUGUUGCCGAUAUUUGUAGGGCUGCAGUCUGGUCUACCCCACACUCGUUUAUAAGGCAUUAUAAAAUUGAUCGUUAUGCCUCUGCUGACGCAUCUUUCGGCAGAUGAGUGUUGCAACAGGUUCUUAAUGAGGAUUAACACGUGGGUGGUCCCUCCCUGUAUGGGCUGCUGUGGUACAUCCCGCUGUGAUGGCCGGACUCAUAGGGAAAAUGGACCAUUGGUCUCACCUGAAGGGUGAUUUUCCUAUGAGUACGGACAUCACGACCCUCCCAGUUGGAGGAUGACUAUAUAUUUUCUAAUGUAUUAUAUGUUACGGUUACGCUAUUAUAUUUAAAUUUAAGAGUGAAGUCAAGACUUCUAGUUCUGUUAUACUGCUAUGUUGGAGUCAUGUUACUAUGCAUGGUACUAUUGCGUUAUUUUCCUGCUGCCAGGCCGGUUGGCCUUAUUCUUGUAUUUUUAGAUAUUUCUCCUUAGACUCGCUGCGAAUGAACUGGAGAGUGGGAGGGGCCUGACGCCCCUAGUCUUGACUUCAAAGACAUUCUUGCCUUCGCACGAUAGGUGGAGCUAACACCCGCUGUGAUGUCCGUACUCAUAGGAAAAUCACCCU